AUGACGGUGGUGUCGACCGAGAACGUGGACGAGACGUCCACCCUGCCGGGCCACCCGCAGGACCCGUACGCGCUGGACCACGACGACCACGACGACCACGACUGCUGCGAGCGCGUGGUCAUCAACAUCUCGGGGCUUCGCUUCGAGACGCAGCUCAAGACGCUGGCGCAGUUCCCCGAGACGCUGCUGGGCAACCCCAAGAAGCGCAUGCGCUACUUCGACCCGCUGCGCAACGAGUACUUCUUCGACCGCAACCGGCCGAGCUUCGACGCCAUCCUGUACUACUACCAGUCCGGCGGGCGGCUGCGCCGGCCCGUCAACGUCCCGCUGGACAUGUUCUCCGAGGAGAUCAAGUUCUACGAGCUGGGCGCCGAGGCCAUGGAGAAGUUCCGCGAGGACGAGGGCUUUAUCCGCGAGGAGGAGCGGCCGCUGCCGGAGAAGGAGUUCCAGCGGCAGAUCUGGCUGCUGUUCGAGCACCCGGAGAGCUCGGGCCCGGCGCGAGGCAUCGCCAUCGUCUCCGUCAUGGUCAUCCUCAUCUCCAUCGUCAUCUUCUGCCUGGAGACGCUGCCGGAGCUGAAGGAGGACCCCAACGACCGGAUCAGGAUCGUCGGGAACACCACGGUGUACUACAAGGCCAGCGUGCUCACCGACCCCUUCUUCGUGGUGGAGACGCUCUGCAUCAUCUGGUUCUCCUUCGAGCUCAUCGUGCGCUUCUUCGCCUGCCCCAGCAAGGCGGCGUUCUUCAAGAACAUGAUGAACUCCAUCGACAUCGUGGCCAUCAUCCCGUACUUCAUCACGCUGGGCACGGAGCUGGCCGACGACCAGGAGCACAAGGAGGGCAAGGGCAGCGGCGAGCAGGCCACGUCGCUGGCCAUCCUGCGCGUCAUCCGCCUGGUGCGCGUCUUCCGCAUCUUCAAGCUGUCGCGCCACUCCAAGGGGCUGCAGAUCCUGGGCCAGACGCUGAAGGCUAGCAUGCGCGAGCUGGGGCUGCUCAUCUUCUUCCUCUUCAUCGGCGUCAUCCUCUUCUCCAGCGCCGUCUACUUCGCCGAGGCCGAGGAGAAGGAGUCGUUCUUCACCAGCAUCCCCGACGCCUUCUGGUGGGCGGUGGUGUCCAUGACGACGGUGGGCUACGGCGACAUGUACCCGGUCACCAUCGGCGGGAAGAUCGUGGGCUCGCUGUGCGCCAUCGCCGGCGUGCUGACCAUCGCGCUGCCCGUGCCCGUCAUCGUGUCCAACUUCAACUACUUCUACCACCGCGAGACGGAGGGCGAGGAGCAGGCGCAGCUGCUCAACGUCAGCAACCAGAACCUGGCGUCGGACACCAACUCCAGCCGCCGCAGCUCGUCGGCCGUCAGCAAGUCGGAGUACAUGGAGAUCGACGAGGACCUGAAGAACAGCAUCGACAACUUCAGGGAAGCCAAUCUCAGGACUGCCAACUGCACGGCGCCGAGCCAGAACUGCGUGAACAAGGCCAAGCUGCUGACGGACGUGUGAGCCGCCGCCGCUAACGGACGCUACGCUGUAAAUAUUGUACAGGGAAACAUGGAUGCUUUAUCUCCACUGGUGCAUUUUACUCUUUUUUUGCAUUCAUUCAUUCAAACAUGUGAAGAGACUUUGGUUUUUUUAAGGGAAACUUGUUCGGCAAGAACAGAGACGAGCAGCGGACGGAAACUCCAACCCUGGAUUAUUAGUUUUGAAGUUAAAGGGAAACUCCACCAGUUUUACAAAAGAACACCCCCUUUGGUCUGGUGGGUCCUGGUCCUGGUCCUGGACCUGGUCCUGGUCCUGGUCCUGGUCCUGGACCCGAUACCCUAGAUGAAUCUCUGCUCCAACACGUGCAAGAUUAACGUUAACGUCCGUUCACAUGAUCUGCAUAUUUAAACACACGUGAUAAAAGAAACACUGACCUCCAAUCCUGAACCUGUACGGCAUGAAACUGUUAGCAUUAAAUGCUAAAAAUUGACAUUAAACGUUCAAAUUGUCGUGUUACGAGCUAAAAGAAGCAUCCUGUCGUGCAGUU